AUGUCCCUCUUACGUAGAGUUAUGGUUGGAACUAAAAUUGGGUCGGAUACAUCUGUUGCAAUCAAAAUCCUCAGACGUGAAGAUGUCAUUCGUGCUCAAAUGACUAGUCAUGUGCGAAAUGAAAUUAUGGUAAUGAAACGACUUGGACAACACUCAAAUGUGGUUCAAAUGCAUGAUGUCAUGGCAACCUCUAGUCACAUCUACAUUGUCAUGGAUCUAGUUGUAGGCGGUGAAGUUCUCUACCAUUUAGUUUCACAAGGCUCAUUUAGCGAUUGUCAAUCAAGUUUUUACUUUCGUCAGCUUAUUGCUGGUAUCUCUUUUUGUCACGAUAACCGUAUCUGCCAUAGGGAUAUCAAGCCAGAAAAUAUGUUGCUGACAGAUACUGGCGUACUCAAAAUCACAGAUUUUGGAUUAGCGGCUGUUGUUGGCGAUCGUGCCAUGCUAACCGAUGUUGCUGGGACUCCGGCAUAUUUUUCACCAGAAAUGAUUGUAACGAAUCAAAUUGAAUACCUUGCUUUUUCUGCCGAUAUCUGGGCAUGUGGGGUUGUCCUUUAUCUGUUUUUAACAGGCAAACACCCGUUUGCGACCAAUACUACUAAACAAAUGAACGAGCUGAUCAUUCGCACAGAAUACAAGAUUCCUCCAAGCAUGUCAUUGCCUGCACGAGAACUGUUACAAACCAUUCUGGUACGUGAUCCUAAACGAAGAGCAAAAAUAUCCACAAUACAGAAACACAUGUGGUUAAACAUGCCGAUUGAUAAAACGUGGCAUAGUGGGCAGCAUGCAAUUGACAAUGGAGAUCAGGAAGGUGGAAAUCCCAAAGCCAAUAUAUUUGAACUUCUUGCAGCGUCAGGAGCAUUUGAUAUAUCUCUCGUUCUUAAUGUGGAAAAGCAAGUUUUGCCAUAUACGCUAUGCACAAAGUUUUUUUCAGCUGCGUGUUUUGAAACCAUUAUAAAGUCGCUCACAAGAGUAUUGUAUAAAAUGCCAGUCACGUUUCAUAUAUAUGAAAAAAGGCAUAUGGUGAGUGUCAUGGCCCCAGUCGAAAACGGCAUGGUUGUAUUAAUGAUUCGUGUAUACCAAACCGAAAGAGGAAUCUCGCUAGUGGAUUUCAAAAACUACAAAGGGGAUUAUAAAGAGUUUUAUCGGAUUUAUCGACAAGCCUUUGAGCAGUUGACGGAUAUAAUCAUGUUUGGAAAUGAAUAG